GGUCAGCUGCGCGCGGGAGCCUGGCGGCCCGGAAGGCGCGAGCAGGGUCGGAGGCUUCCUCUCACGAGGUUGGUCUUCCCCGUGGUCGGGACCGGCGCGGGAUUCCAGGUAUAAACAAUAUCCAGGCUGUGGCUGUAAUUCUAGCUCUGGACUGGCUGCCAUGCAUCAUGGGCGAACUAUUGGCAAAGGGCCCCCCUCUGCCACCCAGAUUAACCAGCACCCUCCACGACUUCUCAUUGUGCACAUUGCUCUACCAUCCUGGGCUGACAUCUGCUCUAACCUCUGUGAGGCUCUGCAGAACUUUUUCUCUGUGGCCUGCAGUUUGAUGGGCCCCACUCGCAUGUCUUUGUUCAGUUUAUACAUGGUACAGAACCAACAUGAGUGCAUCCUCCCAUUUGUGCAAGUGAGAGGGAACUUUGUUAGAUUGCAAGCCUGCAUCUCAGAGCUCCGCAUGUUACAGAGAGAGGGUUGUUUCCGACCACAGAGCAUUUCUCUGCAGCUGGCAGUAGAGGAUGGUCUCCAGCAGUUCAAGCAGUAUAGCAGACAUAUGAACCCAGGUGCUGCUCUGCCCUACACUUCCCUGGAGAUUACUGUCCUGACUUCCCAGCCUGGAAAAGAAGUGGUCAAACAGCUGGAGGAAGGGUUGAAAGAUAAAGACUUACUUAGAGUCAGGAGGCUUCAAGUUGUUGAAAUCAUAAAGGGAAUCCUAGAAGUUAGGAACUCACCAUCUCCUGUUGAUGAGUCUGGCAAUGAUGAAAUUUCUAUCCUGGGAACUGACUUUGACCUUCAGACUAUAGAUAAUGAUGUUAUCAGCAUGGAGAUUUUCUUCAAAGCCUGGCUGCAUAGCAGUGGAACAGAUCAAGAACACAUCCAUCUUCUUCUUCCAUCACAAUGUUUCAGCAACCUUUCCAGAAUCAGGGAUAAUCCAAUGUGCCUGAAAUGUGAUCUCCAAGAGCGUCUUCUCAGUCCAUCCCUGCUCCCUGGUACAGCUGAUGGCUCCUUGAGAAUGGAUGAUCCCAAAGGAGACUUCAGCACACUUUACCAAAUGGCUUCCCAGUCAUCGGCUUCUCAUUACAAGCUCCAAGUGAUCAAGGCUCUGAAACCUAGUGGGUUCUGCGAGUCAUUGACAUAUGGACUUCCCUUCAUCCUUAGACCCACAAGCUGUUGGCAGCUAGAUUGGGAUGAGCUGGAAACAAAUCAGCAGCAUUUUCAUGCUCUGUGUCACAGCCUGCUGAAAAGAGAAUGGCUGCUGUUAGCCAAAGGGGAACCCCCGAGCCUAGGACACAGCCAGAGAAUCCUUGCCAGUACUUUCUAUGUGAUUGUACCAUCACGCUCCCUCACACUUCUGGUGAAGGCAGUAGCCACUCGGGAACUGAUGCUGCCCAGCCCCUUUCCUGUGCUGCCUGACGACCCACCUGAAGAUAGUCUCAAGAUUGUGGAGAGCAUACUGGACAGCCUGGAACUGGAGCCCACCUAUAACCCCCUGCAGGUUCAAAGCCACCUGUACUCACACCUGAGCAGCACCUUUGCCAAGCCUUAUGGGUGGCUCUACCCGAGCUGGGAAAGCCAGGGUCCAAAAAAGGCUGGGCAGCUGCCAACCAACCGAGUUCGAGCCACAGUGGUCCCCCUGCCAGUGACUCCAGCUCCGGGCAGAGCCCCCAAGAUGCCAGCAGCUAGCAAAGCUUCCUCAGAAGACUUCUUCCUGCUUUCGGAACCAGAAGAAGAGUAUCCCUCCCAGCCCUGAGUCACCAGCACCAGAGCACAGUGUCCCUGUUCAACCAUGUUUAUGCCAAGGCUUACAAAGUAACUCUGUGAUCAGAUCUGCCUUCUAUCCACCUGAGACUUAAGGAGCUCAAGCUGACCAAGAAACAGAGCCUCCUUCCCCACCUUGUCUUCAGUGUGUUGCCCCACCCCUCUCAACACACCCAAGCCUGUCCUUUCUCCAGCAGGGACUAUCAUUUUCUUCUGGGUCAUUUGAUAUUGUUCGUACAAAUGGAGAUUAAAUGUAUAGUAAGCUUCCACCAUUGUUAAGGAGUAUUCCUAGCCCAGAAUUUCUUCUUAUAGCUCUAUGUAAACAGGUGCAUGAGGUCAGGUCACCUUCAGGAAACCAGAAAGCAGGAACAAGAAUAAAGUUGCAAAGGUCAUGAAAAACAAGGACUGAAACCAAGCCUCAUUCCAGAACUGGUUCCCUUCC